GCUGUGUACUUGCAGUUUCCAACGGUAAAGUCCACAACACUAGUCAAUUCUUCUUCUUCUUCCUCCUGCCGUCGGUCUCUUCUCUUGCGAACGUGAAAAUCUGGAAGAAUUCAAAUCGCCUUUGAGUUUUCUGAGAUGACUCUUUCUUUGCUUUCUAGGGUUUCUUGCGAUUGGAUUGCAAGAUGUUGAUUGGGUUUUUUCAUCUUUCUUGAAUUUCUUGUUUGAUUCCGGCGAGAGAUUAAAGAAAAAAAAUUUUCAAUUUUUUAUAUCGUCUUGAUCGGGUACUCGUGAAUUGGGGUUUUGUUCUUGGGGAAUUUCUGUGUUUGUGAUCUACUGUUUGGGUAAUUUACCUAAACCCCCUGGAAGAUCAUGGCAUCGUUGGCGCCAGGAAUUUUGUUGAAGCUUCUCAAUGGCAUGAAUUCUGGGCUUAAACCCACCAGCGAACACCGGAGCUCACUUCUGCAGGUGACGGACAUCGUCCCUGCCGAUCUUGAUGAGAAGAAUCUCUGGCCUAAGCAUGGAUUCUACAUAAAAGUCUCCGAUUCUUCGCACUCCAUUUACGUCAGUCUUCCAUUUGAACAAGAUGAUCUUGUUCUCAGUAACAAAAUGCAGCUUGGCCAAUUCAUCUAUGUUGAUAGAUUGGAGCCGGGAUCUCCGGUCCCCGUCGUUAAGGGCGCGAAACCACUUCCUGGAAGACACCCAUUAGUGGGCACACCAGAACCGAUAAUGGGCCUGAGAGAAAAGGGUGAGAAAGCUGAUCAGAAGGCCAAUUCCAAACCCUCAGGUCACAGGAGGGGUUCCUGGGGAACGCCUCAGACUGGAGGGGAUGCCGUGUCAUCUCCCAUGGCUUUGAAGCCAAUUCCUUUGGACUUUGAUCAGUGUACACCAGUUAAAGAGCGGCCCACGCUUCCCAUGUCUCCAAUGAUAAGAUCGAGAGUGGGGAAGGAUGGAAACCUGAGCUCGGCCGCCAGGUGUUCGAUCAGUGGUGGGCAAUUUGCCAAAAUGUUGGAUUCCAAAGGAGAAAGUCCUGCUAUACUGAGGAAAAGCUGUGUUGCCCAUUCUGCAUCCAAGUUCCCAAGGAGCAAGAGCGUCUGCGACAGAGAGCCAAGAAUCCCAAGGAGUCCCUUCAACUCAGCUGAGAAAAAGAGUACAACACCCCCACCAAGUUUACGGAACCCAAGAUUAGCAGAUUCAUUCAGUAUGGCCGGGAAUGCACAUAAUUCUUCAGACUCAAGGAUGAUGACUUUACAACAACAGUCUCAGCCAGUUAAUUCAGUUUCCAAUAAUAACAGCAGUCUACCUAUGGUUUUACCAGGAAAACUUGCCGUACUGGGAAAGGAAGCAGCACAGCAACGAGAAACAGCACAGAAAAUUGCCCUUCAAGCACUCAGAGAUGCUUCAGCUACUGAAACUCUAGUUCGGUCUCUCAAGAUGUUGUCAAACUUGAGUAAAUCAGCUAAGGCAGAUGCUCCAGCUGCCUGUUUUGACCAGUUUCUGGAUUUCCAUCUUCAAAUUGUGCAAGCAGUGACUGAUAUGGUGUCCAUACAAGCAGCUACUGAAAUGGCUCAAACCCCAAAUGCUGAAGGGAAAGGAGCUUUUGGAAAACAGCAUGAAGAAGAUUCACCCAUCUUACAUGAAAUUAUGCACAACUCCAUGGACCAAAACCGGAACUCAGACUUAAAUUUGUCCAAGAGAAGAUCAGUGUUAUACAAGUCAAUUGCAGUCAUUCCUGAAAGAAGUGAUCAGAAGACAAGCCUGGGGAAGCACUUGAGAUUGAUUCCCAAUCCGAAGGCAGCUUUGGAAAGAAAAGGAGGGACCACUCCACUUGGAAAACUGCCCUUUGAAGCUGCUGAGAAUGAUGAGAACAUAAAACCAGCCUCUUGUAUCUUGAGCAAUACAAUCAAAUUGGGUAAGCAGGUUGAAACAGAAGCUGGAAACUGGUUUAUGGACUUCCUGGAAAAAGCUUUAGAAACAGGUCUGAAGAAACAAAAGGGGACAGCAGUUGGGGAUGCUCGGAAAGUUCCUCAGUCUCUCAUACUCAAGGUCAUUAAUUGGGUGGAGGUAGAGCAGUGUGAUAGUAGUAAGCGGCCAGUGCAUCCCAGAGCAGCACAGAUAGCGAGGAAGUUGAGGAUCAAGAUGAAGAACCCUUGAAUUGGCCAGCAUAGAAUCCAAGCAGAGAUUGUAUCAAGUGGUUUUUUUUAUCAGCACUAAAUACAUUUGCAUUGUUUGUGUGGUGGUGUUCUUAUCAUCUGGAGAUUUGUAUUUUUUUAUUGAAUCAUAAGCUUGUACAAGUUUCAUCCUAUUUUUUCUUUUCUUAUGUUUGUUGCCUGAAAGAAUAUAAAACUAUCAUAUCAUCAUUCAACUUC